AUGACUGAUACCGCUAUAAGCACAGAACCAACCGCUUACCGAAGCUUCAUUGACCUGCUUCCGUUCGAUCCAUAUAAGCUUGACCAAGAAGGGCUCCAGAUCUUAUCCACCAUUCGUUAUGAUCCCAGCUUAACGCGUAAGGUUCCAGAAACUGUAGGUGACGUUAAGAAAGCCAACUUCUUCUUGUUCGCCGACCACAUUGAACGUCUCCAGUUCACGGCAGACUUCUUUACCUCAUCAUUGAAGCACGAAAAGCUUGUGGAGGACCUAUUUCCAUAUGAAAUCACCGAGAAGUUUAUAUUUGAUCAACUCAGGAAUUCAUUGUUCGAGUCCCAGGUAAGGCUCGACUUGCCCAUGAAAGUUAGACUUUUACUCAAAUUGAACGGUGAAGUUAUAGUUGAGCUACAUGAAACUCCUAUAAGACCUAAUUUGCUAGAUGGUCUUGGGGAGGAUUUCCCUAUCUCAGACAGAUAUGACUUGUAUGUGAACUCAGAGCCUGCCUUGGCGUCCCCAUUCACAUCCUUCAAGACUACCCAAAGAGACGUUUACACUAAUGCUAGAAACAGGUCACUUCCCGGUCUUAGGCCUGGAAAAGAAGAGGUUAUCUUGUUCAAUACUGCCAAUGAGGUUAUGGAGGGAUCCAUCACGAACAUAGCGGUGAAAAAUGAGAAUGGCCAGUGGGUUGUUUAUGUGGAGUUGCUAGAAAGAUGCUAA